CAGCAACUCCGGCGGGCGGUCGCAACCCUGACUUGUAUUCAUCUCCAGCUCCCAUCGCACUCUGCUGGUGCUGCCCAUUGAUCUACCUAGUUUCAUUAUCCUACCAAAUCAUUCAAUCUGGAGUGGUUUUGGUCUGAACAGGUCAAAGGAGACCGAACCGUCGGGAAACCCGGAAGCCGGAAAAUGUCACGGGCCUCGUCGACUUCGGCGCCUGCGCUGAGCCCGCGAUUCUGCUUCAACGAGAAGCUCCUCACAGACUUCCUUCGCCUCUCUAGGACUACGAUAGAUGACUCGAUAACCCAAAACUUGAACGCCUUGUUCACGCCCUCACAGGAGGGGUUCGAUCCCUCCUCGACCGCAGUGCGUCAAACAAAGUCGGAAGCGGGGAAUUCCAUCAAUCCCGCCGCCUGCCAGGGAUUUAAAGAGAACGUGUUGUUUCCUUCGUGGCAAACCCGCUCCGACGUCCUCAACUACUGCGCAGGCGUGGCCACGAGUCCUGACCCGGACGACCCCGAUCUCAUUCUCCGAGAAACCGAAUCUGCGAGGGACCGAGAACGAGUUGUCGACGAGAGGUUGGACCCUUAUUCAGCUCGAUUCUUCCCCCGGGAAGCGCGCACCGAGUCACUAGCGAACGUAGUUCGAACACAACGCGGCGUGGAGGAAAUCAUUCGAUCUCGGACAUGGAGUAUCGUGUCGGAAAGAUGCGGCAGCUCGUCUGCAGGCUGGGAGGAAGCACUCAACAGCUGGCGCGAGAAGCGACAGUAAAAAAAAAAACACCGUGGGCAGUGGUCCCUGCCCCGCGGAUUUGUUGUAGUUGGUAAUUGGAUGUAUAUGAAUGAACCUGUAUGAUAAAUGCAUAGAUUGAAGGCG